UCUUCCUACAAUCUAAUCAAAGUUUAAGAAAAUAAAGUGUUUUUUAUACGCAAAAAGUGUUAAAUACUGUUGAAAACAAAAUAAACUAAAUGUUUUGCUUUAAAAAUAAUUAUUAAAUUUUGCAUUUCCAUGCAAAUCAUGCUGGGCUUGUUGGUAGUUGGAAGCAAAAGCCAGUAUUGCAUAAAAGGAAAACUAGCAUAAACGGGUUUUGGAAAAAGUAUAAAACGUACAAUUUAGGAACCCGUCGACUACAACAAAGACGUGGAAGAGUUCCUAUAGGAAUUUUCUUACUGAAAAAUACAGGAAUUUGUAAAUAAAACAAAACAAAGUAAAAAUGAAUCAAGCCUCAAACGCUUCGGGCACAACACAUACAACCAUGACAUUGUUGGAUGAUAUCAACAGUUCGAUUGGCAGCAUUUCAAUACUGGAUGGACGUAAUGGCAUUUAUGAUUUGGACUUGGAUCAUGAGCAUGAUCAUGAACAUGACACGACUAGUAAUACUACCAUCUCACAAAAUUCCCAAUGCUAUACGGAUAGUAUGGAGAGAAUGCGUCAAAAUGUGGCCUUAGGCUCUGAUACCACAACGCAUCGUAUUUACAAUUAUCGCAAGCGUAGAUAUAUAGAAUAUGAACAUCUACGCAGUGCCACAUGUGAGGAUAUUUGCAUAGAGUUUAGCCGGGAAAUGGGAAUAUUGCCCAAUACCCGCUAUUUAUUUGGUUUAAGAGUAUUCGAUGAGGCUGCCAGCGAUGAAUGGUGCUUAGCAGAUCAACAAUUAAAAUCAAAUGUUACCUAUUGUUUUCGCAUGCGUUUUAAGGUGCCCUCUUUGGAUGUACAACUACAAACCAUGGAUCCGAAUGCCUAUGAAUAUCUCUAUAAUCAAAUGCGAUAUGAUAUGGUGCAUGAGUGUAUACCAGCCAUUAAAUAUCCUCUGAAAAAGGAUAAUGUUAUGGGUUUGGGUGCUGUUAAUAUGUAUAUAGACUUAUUGGAACAGCGUGAAACUAUCGAUCGUAUAGAAUCGAAUUAUAAACGUUAUUUACCACGGCCUUUAGUCAGGGCCCAUAAAAUCUUUAUUAAAGGUAAAAUAUGCAAAUCAUUUCGUAUGCUAAGGGAACGCCAAAUUGAUGUGGCACAAGUUAAAUGGCAUUAUGUGCGUGAACUAAAUACAUUGGCCACCGAUUAUCUGCUGGAAACCUUUGUGGGCAUAGUCGAUUUCAUACCGGGUGAUAUAUUGACAACAACGAAUACACCCACUACAGCUAAAGUUUUUAUAAAAUUGGAUAUAUUUGAUACUGCAGAACCGGGUUUGAAGGUGGCCCGCGUAACGAAUAAGGAUAAAGUAGAGUGGGUCUUAGUUAGUAAACUGGAAAAUAUUUAUGCAAUUUACACAAGAGGCGGUAGCUCGAAUUCAUUAAGAUGUCGUUUGGAAAUCACUGGCAUGCCAAAUGGUUAUCGAAUAGAAUUUGAAAAUAAAAUACAAUUGGAUGCAUUUAUUUCAUAUCUGGCUGGUUAUAUGAGAUUAACCACCAAAUGGAUGAUUGAUCUUUGUAUGCAAUAUGUUACACCCUCUUUAGUAGAACUAAGAAAUUUACGUUGUCAUGGACCAGUGGGUGGCGCCUUUUCUUUUGCAAAAAUCCGUGAACAACGUGAUAAAUGUGGCAGUUAUAUUAUACGUCAAUGUGAAAAAGAAUAUGAUACAUAUUAUAUUGAUAUCAAUACAAAAUCCAUCAGCGAAGGUCUACAGCCGGAAAAGUUUAAAACAGAAACCUUUAAAAUUACAAAAGAAAUUUGUCAUUCGGAAAAUGGACUAGCAGCCGCUGUCAAAUGGAAAUUACAUUAUAAUGGAACACAGGAAAUAUUCGAUAAACUAACUGAUUUAGCACAAUCUAUACCCGCAGAAACAGAACAAAGAUCACGAAUACCACCUACAGAAUAUGAUAAAUCGCCACUACUAUUAAUAUGUUUGCCAAAACAUGUGCAAUUGAAAAAGACUGAAAGGGAAUUAAGCGAAGCUGAACUCUUACGUAAACGACCACAAAUAUUUGAUCCACCCAAAGAUUUACAAUGGUAUCAUAAUUCCUCGCGUGACUGUGACAAUGGUAAAAUGACAAAAAUGAAAGCUGAUUGGUUACAGGAUGGUGGUUUUAAAGAUGUUACUGUUACCUUAAAAGUACUUAAACAUGAAAAAGAUUAUGAGGAUUUUAAAGAUUUAGCGAAUAUUUGGAGCCGCAUUUAUUCACCUCAUAUCAUUAAAUUGUAUGGUUUAACUUUGAAUAUACCCUAUACUAUGGUUAUGGAAUAUUCGAAAUUUGGCCCUUUAAAUGAAUUCCUAUUGCAUAAUAAAACAAAAAUAUCACUGCGUCAAUUAUUGGAUGUUGUACAUGGUUUAGUUAGAGGAAUUGUUUAUUUGCAAGAAGAUGGUAUAAUACAUGGCUUUAUACGCUGUUCAAAUUUACUCGUAACAAAAUACGAUCCAAAAACUCAACUAUUAGAAGCUAAAAUCUCAGAUCCUGGAUUUCCACGAUCAUAUCGACGGGAUGAUCUGCCGUGGAUACCAUUUGAAUAUCAUCACAAUUUAAAUGCUGCCAAAAAACAAUUAGAUGUUGAUCUAUGGGCGUUUGCAACUACAGUUUGGGAAAUAUUUUCCCGUGGUGAACCGAUUGUUAAUAUGACUAGCGAAAUGUUAAGACAAAAUUACAAUCGUUAUGGUGGCAUAUUGCCCGCACCAAAAGAUUGUCCAGCCGUUAUGUUUGAAGUUAUGAUGGAUGGUUGGAGUAUGGAUCCGGAUAAACCUUUUAAUUAUAUGCAAAUAUUCCAACGUUUAAUAUCGAUUAAGGAAUCCCUAAACGAUGAUUAUUCUACCAUAGAAGAUGCUGAUGAUUUGGCCGAAUUAGAUCUAGCUAAUGAUGUCAAUCAUGCCGAUGAUCAACAAAUGCGUCAUAAUGGUUUUGCGGAUGAAGUGAAGAAAUCCAAUUUCCGUAAUUAUUUCACCACCACUCCUUCGGUAUUGGAAAUACCCAAUGGUAAGGUAAUAUUUAAAAAGAAAGUCGGCGAAGGACAUUAUGGUACAGUGCAUCUGGGUGAGGUGCGCUAUAAUAGUCCGGAUAAUGCUCGUGAAUUUGUAGCCAUAAAAACGUUGAAGUCCUUAAGGGCUCCUCAGUUAAGUGAUGAUUUUAUGCGUGAAAUAGAAAUUAUGGAGUCUCUGAAUCAUCCUAAUAUAGUUAAAAUAAAACAUUGGAUACAACGUCCAUUCUGCAUAAUUAUGGAAUAUUUAGAAAGUGGUUCAUUUUUGGUGUAUUUAACCUCCAGAAAGCCAAAUUUAACAAAUCCCAUAUUAUUAAGUUUUGCUUUAGAUAUAGCAAGAGGUAUGGAUUAUUUGGCUAGUAAGAAUAUUAUACAUCGUGAUUUGGCCGCUCGCAAUAUUCUGGUCGAUAGAGAUAGUGUUAAAAUAUCAGAUUUUGGAUUAGCCCAACGUGCUGAUUCCGAUGGUUAUUAUAUAGCCCAUAGUAAUCGUGAAAUACCUAUUAAAUGGUAUUCUCCCGAAGCCAUUAAAAAAGAUGCCAAAUUUUCAUCACAAUCCGAUGUCUGGUCGUAUGGUGUAACAUUAUUUGAAAUGUUUUCACGCGGCGAAACACCGAAUUUAGAUCCAAAUACGGAACUAAGUCAAGAUGAAUUUCUACAAAGACUUGAAAGAGGCGAUCGUUUACGAAAACCUCCACUUUGUCCAGAUAAUGUUUACGAUCGUCUCAUGAAAACGUGCUGGCAUGCAAAUCCCAAAUUGCGACCAACAUUUCGUGAAAUUGUUGGUGUUAUACAGUCAAUUAGAAAUGAAACUAUGAGUAACAUACCAAAGUCAGAUUUAAAUAAUAUCUCCCCACCCUUAUCUCCUUCUUCUAUGAAUUAAAUGAAGAAGAAAAACUAAAAUUUUAAAUUAAGAAAAAAAAAACAAAAAAAAAUUUAACAAAAAAAAAUCAAGUGCAAGUGAAAAUUAUUUUCAAAACUUUUAUAUUUAAGAUUAAAAAAAAAAUAACGAAAAAGCUCUUCUAUUCUCGAUUUAGUAGUAACUACAAAGAAAUUAAGUUAAGUGUAAAAAUUAAAUAAAUAUUGUUUUGUUAGUUUUUAUAUAUAUUUUUUUGUUAAUUUUUUUUUCUUUGCUUAAUUUUAUGCCAAUUUUUUUAUUUUUUUU